AUGAACGUUUGCAAGUUGAAAGAAAUAGUACCACUAUUUCCGAGAUCGUCCUUUACAGAUGGUGUAGUAAGUACAGGAAAAAGUUUCCGAAGCUGGGACACCUGCAUGGACAAUAAAGCAUGUAAAAUUAUUGCGAUUGUUGGUAUUGUUUUGGCCUGUAUUCUUGUGAUUUGGUUGAUUGGGGGCUUACUGACAUGUUUCAGGCAAGGGGUAACAGGAAUAGGUCAGUUCAUUUGUUGGUGUUGUCGUUGUUCUAAUGACAGAAAUGGAAACAAUACAAUGCCGGUAAAUGAGGGUUUUAGUAGAGUUAAUAUGGGCGUGGCUCCUCCUUCUACUGUGAUUUAUCAGCCUAUUCAACAACCUGAAAGUGCGUAUUAUAGAAACGAUGCGAAGAAUGAUACAUUUUACGACGAAGUCAAAACUCCCAGUAAUGAGGUGUAUGAAUUAGAGGAAGAUUUCGAUUUGGAAAAACAAAAAGAGAAAACAAGGAAAAAACAACAGAAGGAAAGAAAUAAAGAAGGACGCAGCCCUAGUAGGGUGGCCCCUCUAGUGUAUGAAGAAGAAAAUUUCGAAGGUAGCAGCCCUCAGCCGCAAUAUGAUGCUAGAAAUUCGUUUAUCCAAAAUGCGGCCAAUACUGGUAGCAACAACGCUCAUGUUGCUUCACAAUCUCCAAUUUUUGACAUCAGCGAUUAUGGCGAGAACUAUUAUUACGAUAAUAAUAACAUCAAUAAUAACCUCCAGGGAAACAGUUACAAUACUCCCUCCUCUAAUCAUAGAAGUCCAUAUCCAACCGAAAAUUAUCAAUCAUAUCAGGGAUAUAAACCAAACCAAAGCGAUAGAUAUUACUAA